AGAAGAAGAGGAAGUUUGUGUCUGUCUGCUGCAGCAAUGGCUGCUCCCAUGUCCUGGAGGAGGCUGGUGUACUCGGUCUAUUCUCCGGCCAUCAGCGGCGUCUUCACCCGGAUAUCUGACCGGCUCUUCCGGGCCCGGGACCGGAGAGGAGGGUCUUCGGUGUUGCUGCUGGCUCCCCUCCUGGCUGAAGCCGACCCGGCCCCCCGACAUGUCUCCAGGCCCGCCGGGUCAGCCGGAGCUCAGGGCACAGACGGCCUCUGCAGCCACUUCCAAUGGAUGGAGGAGCACGUACCCGCCUUCCGGGUGCCGGGCACCCACAUCCACAUCCUCACCUCACCGGACCAGUUCUACCAGACUAUGAAGGCGCGGAUCAAGACUGCGAAGAGGCGAGUGGUGAUGGCCUCGUUGUAUCUGGGAACAGGUCAGCUGGAGCAGGAGCUGGUGGACUGUAUGGAGGAAGCUCUACAGCGCUCACAGGACAACAGUGAUGCUCCCGACCUCAAAGUCUCCAUAUUGCUGGACUUUACUCGCGGCUCACGAGGGCAGAUCAACUCGAGGACCAUGCUGCUGCCGUUGCUGCAGCGCUUCGACUCUCAGAUGCGGGUGUCUCUGUACCACACUCCAGACCUGAGGGGCCUGCUGCGCCUGCUGGUCCCUCAGCGCUUCAACGAGACCAUCGGAGUCCAGCACAUCAAGGUCUACCUGUUUGACGACAGCAUUAUCAUCAGCGGGGCCAACCUGAGCGACUCGUACUUUACCAACAGACAGGACCGCUACGUGCUGCUGGAGAACUGCAGCGAGGUCGCCGACUUCUUCUCCGACCUGGUGGAAGCCGUGGGAGACAUCUCCCUGCAGCUGCAGCCCAACGACUCGGUCACCAUGCUGGAGGGCAUGGUGCACCCGUACAAAGGCAACAGGCAGGACUUCUCGGCGUCGGCGAGGAAGCGGAUCAUGGAGGUGGUGAACAUGGCCCACGUGAGGCAGCGGCUGUUGAAUGGCUCGGAGGACUCGGAGGACGAGAGGAUGAGCGAUGGCGAGGAGGACACCUGGGUGUUCCCUCUGGUCCAGAUGAAACCUCUGGGGAUCCAGGUGGACGAGCAGGUCACACAGCGCCUGCUGACAGACGCCGGGCCGGACUCUACUGUGUUUCUAACAUCGGGUUACUUCAACCUGACCCGGGCGUACAUGCAGCUGGUGCUCGGGGCCGGAGCCAGCUACCGCAUCCUCACCGCCUCCCCCGAGGUCAACGGGUUCUUCGGCGCCAGGGGCAUCGCCGGAGCGAUCCCCGCGGCAUACAUCCACAUCGCCAGACAGUUUUACAACCAGGUGUGCCAUCUGGGCCAGGAGGAGAGAGUACACCUGCACGAGUACCACAGAUCACAGUGGACCUUCCACGCCAAAGGUCUGUGGUAUUACCUCCAGGGGCAGGAUCGGCCUUGCCUCACUCUAAUUGGCUCCCCUAAUUUCGGUUACCGCUCGGUUCACCGUGACCUGGAGGCCCAAAUCGCCAUAGUAACGGAGAACGAGGAGCUGCAGAGCCAGCUGCAGGAGGAGCAGGAGAGGUUGUACCAGCGGUCCACGGAGGUUUCCGGCUCCACGUUUGAGCAGCCGGACCGCCACGUCAAGCUGUGGGUGAAACUCGUCACUCCGCUCAUCAAGAACUUCUUCUGAGACGCCACCAGGUGGCGUGAGGCUUCGGUUUUCUUCAGUCCUGAGGUUAAAGGUCUAGUUGGAGGUCGUGCAGACGGGACACUCGAGUAUCGCCGGCAUGCUGGGAGUCUUUAGCCUCACCUCGGCUAUAACCCUCUUCAGUGUGUUCCAGGAAGUGACUCUCUCACACAAACACACACAAGAGGAUGUAUGUGGUGUAAAUCUUCUGUUUUGUGUUUAAACUCCAGGUCCUGUUGUUUACCUGCACAACUGUUACUCCCUUAGAUUGUUUAUAUAUUAACACCUGACGUCAUCACACUGUGGUUUUCUGUUUCUUUUUUUUUUAGUAUUACUAACUUCAAGCAUUUCAAAAAAACUACUUCUACUACUGCACAUACAUCUCUACAAGCACAUGCUGCAUGUAUAAGAUCAUAGUAGAGACUUCAUCAGUGAAUGUCCCUGAUGUAAAGAAGACUGUGAUGAUAAACAGAUGGGGUGUGGUGAAGAAUUACAAUCCCUUGCGGAGCCUUAAUAACUGUUUUUCAGAGAGUUUACAGCAGUAAUCAAUGCUAACUGUACAGUGUCUAUGUGUUAUUAUCUUUGUAAAUUAAAGGAUGAUGUGGUGAGUUUUUAAAAUGACUUCAAA